AUGGCUUCCGCACUUGCGGACCUAGAAGAGGGUCUCCAGACCAUGCUCACCCUCAAACCUCCUGGUGUAUCGGGAUCCCGUAUUGGUGUCAUAACCAAGAUCUGUGUCGAAAAUGUUCAGUCUGAGUCUAUUAUCGUUCAGAAGCUGUUCAUGCAUUUCAAGAAGGCCCCCAUCUCCCACAAGCUGGGCGUCCUCUACGUCGUUGACUCCGUGACUCGAAAGUGGGUGGAGCAAGCGAAGUCUGCUGGUCAGCAUGUUGAUGGUUCUGCUUCUGAUGGAACCUUUGCUGCUGGUGUUCACCGGGUCACCGAGCUCAUGCCUGUCCUUAUGAAUGACAUGCUGCAGCUGUUGCCCGAGGGCCAAAAGGAUAAGAUCUCUAAGCUCCUGGACAUUUGGGAAAAAGGAUCAACGUUCCCCUCUACAAUGCUCGAGUCAUUCCGCCAGAAGUUGAAGGCCGCCCCUGAGCCGACCCAGUCCACCACGCCGGAGGGUAGUCCCCCCCCAGGCUUGGUCGCAUUCAUGGGCUACAACACCAACCGACCGGCCGCUCCGACUCAACCUCCUCCCCCUUCUGCUCAGAGCAGCAAUGCCAUCAUAGCAGCUCUUGCCAACUUGGCCAAACAGAACAACGCAGGUUCUCCUCAACCUCCCCAGCCGCCUGCUUCAGUUCCCACUGCCGCUCCAGCUGCUCCCCAGACUGCACCUCAGGCAACAUCUCAGAGCGCGCUCCAAAGUGCAUCCAGCAUCCUGGCCAACCUUCAGAAUGUUGCUGCCCGGCAUCAGCAGCAGAACCAGCAGCCGGUUGCCCCUCCUACCAACUACGCUCAGCCCCCUUUUUCCAUGGCAAACUACUCGCAGCCUGCUGCUGCUGCCGCAACUCCUGCCCCUAUGGCUGCGCAAUUCCCUUUCGCGAUGCCUCAGCCCCCUGUUCCGCCCCAGAUGCCAUUCGGCAUGCCGUUCCCUGGUGCUGCCGCGCCUCAGCCGCCGGCUCCUCAAGCUCAGGGUAUUCAGGCCUCGCAAGUGGCCCAGCUCCUCAAGAUGUUCACUGAUGCCGGUGUGUCUGCGGACAAGUUGCCUGGUCUCCUGGCUUCUUUCAAUGCUGCUCAGCCUGCGCCUGGUGCUUCAGCCACACCUGCGGCGCACAACCCCUACGCGAACGCCACCGGACAGGGAUGGGGCGGACCCGUCCAAUCCAACGACAGCCGUGACCAGCACCGGUACGGUGAGGGUCCUCGUUCCCCCGGCGGGUACGGCCGCUCUCGCUCUAGGUCCCCUGGUCGCCGUUGGGACUCUCGCGGCCCCACCCGUGGCUCUCCUCGCGGCAGCCGUGAUGACUACCGCCAGUCGCCCAACCGCAGUCGCCAAGACGACCGAGACGGCCGUGGACGAGGCAGUGACUAUCGUCAACGCAGUCCUGUCGGCAGAAACGGCCGUAGUCCUACUCCCCGCCGCAACUCCGGUGAUAAGUGGGUUGAAUUUGAUCGUUCCCUUCCCAAUGGAAGGAUCAAGGUUCUCAGCCGUACCCUCUUCGUCGGCGGAGUAGCCUACACUGAGCGCGAGUUGCGUGAGGUUUUCAGCAAGUACGGUCAGGUGCAGACCUGCAUCGUCAACAAGGAGAAGCGCCAUGCUUUCGUCAAGAUGAUCAGUCGUGAAGAUGCUGUUCGAGCCAAGGAGGCCAUGGAAGCCAACCGUGAUGGCGAUCCUCAGCUUCGGACCCGUUGGGGUGUUGGUUUCGGCCCGCGUGACUGCAGUGAUUACCAGACCGGCAUUAGCAUCAUACCCAUUGCCAAGCUCACAGAGGCUGACCGCAAGUGGAUGCUGACUGCCGAGUAUGGUGGAAGCGGCGGCAGACCCAUCGAGACGGGCCUCGUCGUCGAGGAGCCCGACAUUGAGAUCGGUGCUGGCGUCUCUUCCAAGGCCAUCAGCCGUCGCAUGCAGACUGACAAGAGCGGCAACCACGGACCCCGCUCCACUCGCCGUCACGAUGAUGGCGACGACCGCGAUGACUUUGGCCGCGACCGCCGUGGCCGCGAUCGCCGUGAGGAUGGCAAGGCGUCCGGAGCCAACGCUCAACCCCUUCCUCAGCAGUUCCCGUUCGGCAUCAGCACCCUGCCCAAUGGCAUGCCCCAGUACCCUCCUGGCUUCGUGUUCCCUGCCCCCGGCAGCAAGUAA